AGGGGAUGUGACGUAUCCAUUUUCGACGCUUCUGCGAAAAUAUUCCUCUUCAUAACGUCGUUAUACUGUAGCAGCGACAGGCAAUCAAAUUUGGACCAGCCUCGCAUCAUCACUUGAGUUUGUAGUAGGGGAAUUAAUUGUGGGUUGGUUCCCUCCACAAUAGAGAAAGCACACUUUGCUUCCGCUCAUUUUGAACUUGCUAGCUAGCUACAGCUGGAAAGUUCGCAUUUCCGAACACCUUCAACGUGGUCAGCUUCAAGAGGUAGAAAACGCAUGGCUGAUUACCUGAUCAGUGGUGGUACGGGCUAUGUCCCAGAAGAUGGACUCUCUGCACAACAGCUUUUCUCCGUUGGAGACGGCCUCACCUACAAAUCUGCUCAACAACAGUCUGUUGUCGCUGAUGGUCAAACGGCAGAAGAGCUAUGCUCUAAAGGCGACGGGUUGACUUACAACGACUUCCUGAUUCUGCCGGGCUUCAUUGAUUUUACCUCAGAUGAAGUGGACCUGACCUCUGCCCUGACCAGGAAGAUCACCCUGAAGACGCCUCUCAUCUCCUCCCCCAUGGACACAGUCACAGAGUCGUCGAUGGCCAUCGCCAUGGCGCUCAUGGGAGGCAUCGGCCUCAUCCAUCACAACUGCACCCCUGAAUUCCAAGCCAAUGAGGUCCGCAAGGUUAAGAGGUUUGAGCAGGGCUUCAUCACAGACCCUCUUGUAAUGAGCCCGCGUCACACGGUGGGGGACGUGUUCGAGGCCAAGACUCGCCACGGCUUCUCUGGCAUCCCCGUCACCGAGACUGGCAAGAUGGGCAGCAAGCUGGUGGGCAUCAUCACCUCCAGAGACAUCGACUUCCUCUCCGAGAAGGACCACAGCCGACCACUGGAGGAGGCCAUGACUAAGAGGGAGGAGCUAGUGGUGGCCCCAGCCGGUGUCACGCUGAAAGAGGCUAACGACAUUCUGCAGCGUAGCAAAAAAGGCAAGCUGCCCAUCGUGAACGACAGUGAUGAGCUGGUGGCCAUCAUCGCCAGGACAGACCUGAAGAAGAACAGGGACUACCCCCUUGCCUCUAAAGACUCUCGUAAACAGCUGCUGUGCGGAGCCGCCAUCGGCACCAGGGACGACGACAAGUACAGACUGGACCUACUGAUGCAGGCUGGGGUCGACGUGGUUGUACUGGAUUCCUCACAAGGCAACUCUGUGUAUCAGGUCAACAUGAUCAACUACAUCAAACAGAAGUACAGCGAGCUGCAGGUGGUGGGAGGGAACGUGGUGACGGCAGCCCAGGCCAAGAACCUGAUUGAUGCAGGAGUGGACGCUCUGAGAGUGGGCAUGGGCUGUGGCUCCAUCUGCAUCACCCAGGAAGUGAUGGCGUGCGGGCGGCCUCAGGGCACCUCGGUGUAUAAGGUGGCAGAGUAUGCCAGACGUUUCGGUGUGCCAGUCAUCGCUGACGGGGGCAUUCAGACCGUGGGCCACGUGGUCAAGGCUCUCUCACUCGGGGCAUCCACAGUGAUGAUGGGCUCGUUGCUAGCAGCGACCACGGAAGCUCCGGGGGAGUACUUCUUCUCGGACGGCGUGCGGCUGAAGAAGUACCGCGGCAUGGGCUCUCUGGACGCCAUGGAGAAGAGCACCAGCAGCCAGAAACGCUACUUCAGUGAAGGGGACAAGGUGAAGGUGGCUCAGGGUGUGUCCGGCUCUGUCCAGGACAAGGGCUCCAUCCACAAGUUUAUCCCCUACCUGAUCGCUGGCAUCCAACAUGGCUGUCAGGACAUCGGCGCCAAGAGUCUCUCUGUUCUACGCUCCAUGAUGUACUCUGGAGAGCUGAAGUUUGAGAAGAGGACCACGUCCGCUCAGGUGGAAGGAGGAGUCCAUGGGCUUCACUCUUACGAGAAACGACUUUACUGAUGGAGGGGCCAGAAAGAAGCGGACUAGGGCCGCCCCCGACGCCCCCACCCCCGUUGUGACCAAACGUAACCGCCACAUCUGACACCCACCUCAUCACUCUCCCUGCCGACACCCCACACACCCUGGGGGGGGACACCUGCAAAACAGACACCAUCACCUGGGAAACAUGGGAUUUUGCACUUACGUAGCGGAACAUCAGGGUUUUCACCAUAACCCCCUCCACUCAGAAUACCGGCCCCCUUGGUGUGUGUGAGAGCUUGAAGGAAGUAUUUGAUUGUGUGUGAGAGAGAGAGAGAGAGAGAGAGAGAGAGUGAGUGUGUGUGAGGACAAACUCAGUGAAGAAGGUGCUGUUGUGCGAUCUUCCUCUUCCUGGUGAAACUGAGAGAGCCAUGAUGUCACCCCUCUGUAUUCUCUGGGAUCUGCUCGUACCGGCACCUCCACAUCAGAAGCCACAAACAUCCCAAUCAAACUAUAUAUGUGGAAAAACACUUGUCUUGCUACUCUGUGUGCAAGUGUAUUGUGGCAAUCCUCCUUUAUCUAUGUAGUUAGCUCUGUUUAUGCAGAAAGAUGUUAACUGCUUUGAGAAAAGUAUAUUGUUCUGUUAAACUUUUGACUGUGAUUCAACCGACAGACUCAUUGGGACUAUAGACUGGGUGACGUUCCCAUCGCCGUAGUGGACAUGUCAUACCCCCUUAGUCGACGUGAACCAAUAAACUAGUGGCCUAUCACCAUGCUUCUAGUGUGUUGAGAGCAGGGUUAGGGCCAAAAGAUAGACAUCGGCCAUAGAUCAAGGAACGUUUUUAAACCCACGGUGUCGGUCAACGAUGGGUAAUACGGUAAUCUUUUAGACUGGAAUGAAACGAGUUUAGAGAGAAUUGUUUGAUUUAAAAGCUGUAAAGCAGGGUUCCCCAACUAGCAGCCCCCGUGCCAAAUUUGACCAACAUGGUUUCAUUUGCCCCCCCCAGUAAAUAAAUAAAUAAUUAAUUAUUAUGCUUGGAACAAAAGAGUGUAAAAACUCCAGUUAAUCAGAACCAAGUGAUUUUAAUUUUGGAAAUCUGUUCCCAAAAUGUAAACAAGGUUUGAAAUGAUUGUUUUAGUCAUAUUAUAUCUGUUUAGGCCUCCUGCGGGCAAUUUGCAGUCUACAAAUGAUUUGUAAUUAUGUUCCUGCCCAUCCGCCCAAGAAAUCAUCCCGCGGCUGAAUCUAGUUGAUCUCUGCUGAAGAAAGUCCCAGUGGGUGUAAGGGGCAUGAAGGGUUUUGAUAUGCAUGCUUUUUAGUUUUUUAAAGCCUCAACACGGCUCUAUUUAUAUUCAGCUUUUUUCUAAUUCCGUACAUACUGCCAAAUGUAUCUGUGACACUUUGAUGUUAUUAAUACUAAAAGCCCAAAUUAAAGCCACGAAUCGCCAGAAACGUCCCUCGCUCCACCCCUGUCCCAGAUUGUGGCACCGAUUGUUAGCUGCUUUGACCUGUUCAGAGUACCAGAGAUAUGCCUUGAAAUGGGGGUAAAUGAUGACCACACACGACGGAAAGUCUUAAAUUCCCCUAAGAACUGUGUUGUAUGUGCAUGGCGCUAUACGUCCUCCUCACCCCCUUUCUCACUGUUUUGAGAUACUGUAUCUAUAUCAUUCAGCUUAUGUAGGAAUAGAUUUUUCUAACGUUUUUCGUAAACAGAUGUCCUUUUUGCCAGAUGUUUUUUUAGGACGUCUCUUAGCUGUAGGAGUGACUUUCUGUUUUGUGCUAAUGUACUUUCCCCUACCGGGACCUCACUUGACUAGCAGUACUCUUACAGUUGACAUGAAUAUUAAGUAAAUAUGUACAUGAAGAUGUAUGGAGAAUUAUAUACCUGUAUCCUGUUUGAAAUGGUUGUUUGCAGUCUCCCACCUUUAGUUAUGGAAAUCCCCACUGACUAUGAAACAGGCCUUGUUUACAAUGGGAUUACAACAGAAACCAGUUGCUUAUGCUGUAAAAAAUAAAAGUCAAAAUAUGUUGA